AUGUUCUCGACACUCAACAUCGCAGUAGCGCCAAGUACCGCUGGAGAUAGAGCAUGUGAUCUCUGCAGACAGAAAAAGGUACGCUGCGACAUGGGCAAUUCUUGCAAGAGUUGCACAAGUCGAAAUCUGGUUUGCACUUUCGACACGAUACUCAAGAAGAGAGGUCCUCCUUCUGGCCGGUCCGCAACGACGCAACGACGCGAGUCCAAGACGAGCCCUGGAGAGAAUGUUCUGCAACUUGGCGAGGACACAACAUCCAUGCCAAAUACGCAUGCUGCAACCCUAGGCGUUCCGCCGACCGCAUCAUACUCAGUAACCUCGCACCGUAUGAGUACAGCAUCGUCAGACGGUCUUGUUGUGGCUGCUAUAGAUUCUCUCCCAUCUCUCGCAGUCUCGCCGUCAACGACUUCCUACCUCCAGAGCCCAGAUGACAAUGCUGCUACAAACCCUGUGCCGUCUCUCGUCUUCAUUCAUGAAGAUCCUUCACUGUAUGUGAACGGCGAGCUUGAUACAACCGAGUGCACGCCACCCAGUCUGCCGAUCGGAUCACCAUCAUCAAAUGACUCUUCGAAUCUCGUCACCGUCAAAAGAGAACGAGACCUCUCCCCAGUCGCCGAAGCUACCGAUGUAUGGCCCAGGAAGAUCGGUCAGGAUUCACUUCUACCUUGGCUUGAUGUCAACUUCCAAGAGUUGCACCCGACUGUGCCUGUCUUGAGCCGGACGAUGAUCUACCAGAAAAUGCAUCUCCAGACACAUCAUCACGACCCACAGUUCGGCGCAAUGCUGCUCGCACUCUGCGCUUUCGCCAUGACGCAGCCCGUGCAAAGCCAUGAGGAAGUGUCAACACCGUCAUGA